AUGGCGCAGAGAUGGACUUUUGAGGCUCCGGUCAACGUCACUGCAACUUCUCUGGUGAACCUGACGUGGGCAGCUCACACGUUCAAUGUCGCCAAAAAUGGAGAUUUUCUUUUGAAUCUAUGGCUUCUGCGCGCCGACUCACAAGAUAACACAGUAGUGAAAAAAUACGCACCUUUUCUUCUUGCUGGCAAUCAGGAUGUCUACAAUUCUUCCAUUCUAUGGACACCUACAGUUGAUGAAAUCGAUUUCAAUGUUGCAGCCGCCGGAAUACAUCAGCUGGCAUGGGAACAUAGUUCGAAUAAUACAAGUCUCAAUUCAUUAAGCACAAAACUUGAGGCGUGGUCAAGGGGAUUCCAUAUCAUAUCACCGGUCUCCUCAAGCACCUUUUCGAUGUCAUCUUCUACCCCAUCAUCGACCUCUAAUCGGAAGCGGAAUCCUUCUCAUAACAUUCCUCUCCGCUUCAUUCUGGGGAUUCCAAAAAUAUCAUUGGACCAUAAAAAGCUCAUCUCUCGAACAACUAUCCACACCCCAGACUCACCAUCAACACCAAAUCCAGAAAAGCCUUACAACACCCCAUCCACCUCGAUACCCAAUUCACUACCCCAUGAAUUCUACUCCCCACCUACAAACUCACCACCCAUCCCAACCCCAAACCCAAAACCCUAUGAACUCCCCUCUACAUCCGCAUCCCCAAAUCCCCCAAGGAGAUGUUAUAUAUAG